GAAUUUGCCAGCGGGAUUUGACCGGAGCCCAAGAGAAAUGAAUGAAGACGCCCGGGAAGUGGGGGGCUCCUGGGAGUGGACAUCUGUAACACAGUUGGAUCCUCUGCUUGGGAGCAGGAAUUGUGCUGCCGUAGUGUCAGCUGCCCGGGGGAUGAGACGUGGAGUUGGCAUGGGCUGGGAGACGCACAAACAGAUGUCUCUCAUGUGCGGGACAACGUCUGCAGACCCCAACGCAGACACCGAGUGGAAUGACAUCUUACGCAAAAAGGGCAUCCUGCCCCCAAAGGAGAGUCUGAAAGAACUGGAAGAGGCAGCGGAAGAGGAGGAGGCGCGCAGGCUCCAGCAGUCAGUGGUGAAAACAUAUGAAGCCAUGACGCUGAAAGAACUGGAAGAAAAUGAAGAUGAAUUUAAUGAAGAGGAUGAACGUGCUAUUGAAAUGUACAGGCAGCAAAGACUGGCUGAGUGGAGAGCAGCUCAAAAAAAGAAUAAAUUUGGAGAAGUUUUGGAGAUUUCAGGAGAAGAUUAUGUUCAAGAAGUUACCAAAGCUGGUGAGGGCUUGUGGGUAAUCCUGCACCUCUAUAAGCAAGGGAUUCCCCUCUGUGCUCUGAUAAAUCAGUACUUGAGUGAACUUGCAAGGAAGUUUCCUGAUGUGAAAUUUAUCAAAGCCAUUUCGACAACCUGCAUACCCAAUUACCCGGACCGGAAUCUGCCCACGGUGUUCGUUUACCGGGAAGGUGACAUCAAGGCUCAGUUCAUUGGGCCUCUGGUGUUCGGUGGCAUGAACCUGACGAGAGACGAGUUGGAGUGGAAACUGGCUGAGUCUGGGGCCGUUGAGACAGACCUGGAGGAGAACCCCAGGAAGCCAGUCCAAGACUUGCUGCUGUCCUCCAUGAGGUGCUCCGUCCCCACCAAGAGGGACAGCGAUUCCGAGAGUGACUGAGACGCCGCACUUCUGGACAGGACACAUUGGAUGUUUUCUUUCUAAAAAAGAGUGAAUCUUUUUGUUUGCUAGCCUUUUAUAUUUUGAAUCUCCCACCUUUCACACAUAAUCACUGCCGCAAAUUCUAAUAAAUUAUUGGAACUACAUAUAUUUUUUGGGGAACUGUAUUUUUAAAAUAAUGACAUUUCUUUUUUUGUAAAAAUUAAAGCCCACUGUUUGUAUGGCAGAUGUCUGUAUUUUUUUCUCACAUUUAAGAAAGCCCUAAAAUUAUUCAUUAUGUUUUGACAUGUAACUGUAUAAAAAGGGAUGUGUGGAAUUUUUUUGGAAAGUAAAUAAAUUAUACUUUGGAAAGGUUACACACU